UUAGAUCUAAGAUUAAGGCGUUGGGCAAUUCAUAAAUUUUAAUUGAUUUGUGUUACAAAUUUGUACAAAAAAUAGUUUUCCUUCCAAUUAGAGUAAAAGUAAGGUGAACAAUAAGCAACUGAAAGAAAAUUUAAUUUAUCUUCAAUGUAACAGUGCAUAUGAGUGAUUAACUUUAAAGUUUAUCACUCAUACGCACUGUUGCCCUUUAUCAAAUUUAUUAUUUUUAUAGACAUAGGUGGCCUCGACUUGGGGGAAAGGAAGUUCGAUGUUCAAACUCAAACUUCGGGAUUUUAACCAAAAAUGUUAAAAAAUUUGGGGAGGGGAAAUCGAUUUUUUAAAAAGCGGAAUACUUGUCGUAUGAGUAAUUUUUUAGGGAACUUUUAGAUAGUACCAAAAAUAAAUUUUUGUUUUCAAAUACAUUUGAGGGGGUGAAAAUAAGAAUUAUUUUUUUGGACCGCUUAAAUACAUAAUAAAGUAAUAAAAAUAAAAUUAUUGACUAGGUUAAAAGGGCAAGGAUUGUAUGAUAGUAUCGUUUUUUAAAAAUAGCGGAAAAACCGAAAGGUACAUCAAUGCUUAAUGUAUCGUCAGCUGCUACGUUGUUAUCGAUAGCAAAGAAAAUAAAAGAAAAUCUGUUGCUUCCGUGGAAAAUACAACAAAAUAUUAACUAAAAUUCAUUUCAAACAAAUCAGUCGAAUUCAAGUAGCAAUGGACAAACUUGGUUUGGGCUGUCCCUUUUCGUUUCUGGGCGGAAAACAGCAGGAAUCGAGUGGCGGACCAAGCUUCCUGGAUCUCAACUACGAGAUCUACUUGGAGAUAUUUUCAUCCCUGAGUUCUCUGGAGGAUCAGCUAAAUUUGGGCCGUGCACACCCACUGUUCCGGAACGUGCUAGCAGACUUUCUGCGAACGCGCUACAAAAAAAUCAAUGUGCGGAUUCUGAAAACCAUUCCGGACUGGGAGUUCCUAUUGCAGCUGUGCGGUUCCGAAGUGUCCAGAUGUGACGUGCCCCACGGUCGCUGGGACGAGCCCUUCACCUACCCCUUCCUCGACCUCCUCGGACGCCACUGCCCCAAUCUUCGACAGGCAGUCAUCAUAUUCAUGCACGCCGACACAGACACGCCGCCGGAAACGGGGGACAGGGGCCAUAUCAUGCAGCAGCUCCUGGAGCUACCCAGUCUAACCGAUCUCACCCUGAUUGAUCCCAGAUCUGCACAGCUAGAUCAAUUAAGACACUUCACUAAGCUGCAGAUCUUGGACCUUGAUGGAAUCGAUCGAAACCUCAGUGACCACGCCUUUCAGCAGAUGUUUGAAAAUAAGAUCAGCGUGAAUCGACUACUGCUGAACUUCGGCCGGGAUCACAGGAGAUCCCGCCAAAUGGCCCAGCUGGCAGAUAAGUUUCCGAACUUGGAGCACCUGACUCUCGAAAAUUUCGAUGUGAACUUUACGGAGUUGGGUGAAUUUAAAACUCUCCAAUCGCUGCGAUUAAUAUCCCGAUGGAAAGUGGAAGUGUGCAAUGAGUUCUAUAGAUCGGUCGGCCGGCGCAUAGAGAACCUCCAAAAGCUACAGCUCAUCUCAGUUCGUGUUAGAGGCGACCAAGUGCAUCACUUUCUGGCAAUUAGCCAACUGAGAGCUCUGGAUUGCGACAACUGGCCAGCUCAGUCGGUUGAGCAAUUGGGUCAGUUAACAGAUCUCGAGUGCCUGGCCCUGGAUUGCAUUGGAUCGACGUCGAACGCAGGUCGUCAACUCCUAUCCCUAAUAAGAAACUGUUAUAAGCUAAAUCACCUAAAGCUGGGCAAACAUUGGCAAAUGCCCAUCAAUGAUGUAAAUACAUUUCUGACCAAAGUGCCGGACUUACGAUCGGAUCCGAAAAGUAAACUUCUGCUUACCUUCGACUUUAUCAGCAUACCGGAUACUCAAGAAGAGGGAUCAUGAGCAUUUGCGAGUCUCCUUUAAAGGUACAACUUGCCACCAUUGUCAGCCCGACACCCACUCUAAAUGCGAUACCAUCUUUGACUAAUGUUAUUUUACCCA